CUUUCUGCAUGAGGUUCACGAGUACGUCUCGAAGGAGAUAAUUCUAUCGUUUUGGCGUCUGCAGCUGAAAUUUGAAUGUAGGAAGCUACAUACCAAUGCAAAUAAUGGAAACGACGACUGUGAUCAUCGGUUGGGCUACUAAAACCUAGCCUGCGUCAAAAUUAUCGGCGAAGUUGCAUCCAAGCUAAUUCUUAUCACUUUCAACAUGGCUCAACAUUACAGCAACUUGAGCCGGGCUCAGUUGAGCUUUGAUUAUCUUCAUACCAAUUCAACUACCCAUGAAUUUCUGUUUGGUGCACUUGCAGAAUUGGUGGACAAUGCCAGAGAUGCCUCGGCAACUAGAAUGGACAUAUUUACCAUUCAAGAUGAGGAAUUGCGGGGUGAAUACAUGCUGUGCUUUCUAGACGAUGGGGAAGGAAUGGAUCCAAAUGACACUGCAGAUAUUGUAACCUUUGGGCGUUCAACAAAGAGGUCACUUGAUAGUCCACUUAUUGGAAUGUACGGCAACGGUCUGAAAUCUGGAUCCAUGAGGAUUGGCAAUGAUCUAAUGUUAUUUACCAAAAAGGGUGUGACCAUGUCCUGCCUCUUUCUCUCCAGGACCUUCCACGAGGAGGAAGGCAUCGAUGAAGUAAUUGUGCCUCUACCAUCAUUUGAUGUCAAUACAAGGAAUGCCACAGCACCUGGACCAAAGCACGACAUGGAGAUGGAACUCAUACUUAAGUAUUCACCAUUCACAACGGAGGAGGAAUUCUUUGCGCAGUUUGACAAGAUUGAGGGCAGUUCAGGAACGCUUGUGAUAGUGUAUAAUAUGAAAUUGUUAGACAAUGGUGAACCCGAGUUAGAUAUAACAGCAGAUAGUGAAGAUAUCCUCUUGGCAAACCCGACACAGGACUUUGACUCUGAUGAAGGGUUGAUGCCAGAGAGAAAAUCUUUCAGAGCUUAUGCAUCUAUUCUAUAUGUGGACCCAAGGAUGAAAAUAUAUAUUCAGGGCAAAAAAGUGCGGACUAAAAAGUUAAUGUGUAGUCUCUACAAACCUAAGUUAUACAAAUAUUCAUCUAAUCGUUUCAAGACGCGGUCAGAAAAUGAAGUUCAGCGGGCCAAGGAGGAAGCUAAGCAGGCGGAGCAUAAAGUGAAGGAACUUGAGAGUAAAGCUAAGCAUUUAGAGAAUAAACAAAGUGGGUCUAUAUCAAAAGAUCAAAGAACAGAACUUCGGAAGGCACAGCAGCAGGCAGCAGAAUACAGACGAAUCACAGAAUACAAGAAACAGAUGGCUGACAGGAAAGCAAAGUCACUAAAGGAUCCGAAGAUAUUGAAUUUUGUGUUUGGGAUCAACCUUGAAAAUCGCAAUCAUGAUGGUAUAUUUGUGUACAACUGCAGUCGACUUAUCAAAAUGUAUGAAAAAGUUGGUCCUCAGACAGAUGGAGGGGUGUUCUGCAGUGGUGUAGUAGGAGUUGUAGAUAUUCCCUAUUUGGUGUUAGAACCUACGCAUAACAAACAGGACUUCGCUGACGCCAAGGAGUAUCGACAUAUGAUGAAAGCGAUGGGUGAACACAUGACCCAGUAUUGGAAGGACAUAGGAAUAGCGCAACAAGGUGUAACAAAGUUUUGGGAGAACUUUGGAUAUGUCAGUCAAAGAUGGAAGGAUCCUCCCUCUGAAGACAACAAGUACGCAAGAAAAAGGGCCAUGCAGAUCAAUGUUACUUUGCAGUGUGACUUAUGUCUGAAGUGGCGUACAUUACCAUUCUCCUCUAACAACAUCGGAAAGGAUUUCCCUGAUGACUGGGUGUGUGCUAUCAACCCAGAUGUAGCCCACAACAGAUGUUCAUCAGCAGAACAGAAAAUGAAUAUAUCUGAAGGCGUAUUCAAGAAACCUGUCAAAUCUCAGGACCAGAGACAGAAGGACAUAGAAGAGGCUAUAAAGAAAAAGUCAAAAGAACUGGAGAAAAUGCAGAAACACAAACCGGUUAUGUCAUCAAGGCAACUAGCAGAAAUGGAUAGAAAGAGGAAAGAGGAGGAAGACAGGAAACGACGUGAAGAAGACAGAAAAAGGAAAGAAGAAGAGCGUGAGCGACAGGAAGAAGAAAGAUUAGCUCAACUUAAGGCAGCAAGAGAGGCAGCAGCCAAAAAGGCAGCGGCAAGAAGAGCACCCCCAUCCCCUCCUCCUCCCAAGAAAGCGAUAAGUGCUUCCAAGUCCCGACCUCCCAUUAGAUCCCCUACGGUGACCUCAACGCCCAGGGUCACUUCAACACAGAAAUCCAGAAUUGAACCAAAGUCCAAACCAGAACCAAAGGUGUCCACUACCAAACCCAGCCCUGCAAAACCCACACCAAGAACGUCACGGAAUUCAACAGAUGCUGCUGAGUCUGAGGCUUUGACAACAAAACGAAGGUCAACAGCUGUUUCAUCAGUAGACACAGACGAGGAACAAAUUGUGCCUGCCAAGCGAGCGAAGGCCUUCUCUUCAGAGUCAGAUUCUGACAGUUCAGCCACAAGUACAAGGACCAAACCUAUUGCUGGCAUUUUUACAGAGUCUGACUCAGAACCAAUUACAACAAAGAAGAGAGGACGAGGAACAAAGGUUGAAAAAGAAGAGUCUUCCAGUGAUGAAAUGGAGGUGUCAGAAACUACCACAGAAGUUAAAACUGAUGUGGAGGACACUAACCAGGUGUCGUACAAUGAUGCUGAUAGUAAUGCUGAGAUUGGGACCAAGGUUGAGGCGCUAGUGAGUGGUAAAUGGUAUCCUGGAGUAGUGGUCAAGGUCAACUCUACUGAUGGCAAGUGGAAGGUCAAGUUUGACAAUAAUCCCAAGGACAAGUAUGAUAAAUGGUUUGAUAAGAGCAGCUCUGAUAUCAGACUGAAGAGUGGCCAACCAAUUCCGGAGUCCCAGCCCCCAUCAUCCCCAGCCUCCUCUCAGGAUACCGCAGCUGAGGCACCAUCCUCCUCCACCACAACUACCACCACUGGAACUGCCCCCUCCAGCCAGAUCACUGAAGAGAUCGCUAACGGUUACAGGACAAGUCUUCGGUACUUUUUACCGCCUCAGUGGGUGAUGGACAAAGAUGCCAUAUCAACCAUGUCUCUAGAAGAGCUGGCUGCCUUCCCUCUUGAUGACUUCUUCGACCAUUAUGAAAAAGGACUCCGGAAGUUGGUUGGAAAUUUCCAAACAGAGGCAACACAACGAAAACAGGAAUGUGAAGCAUCCAUGGCGAAACUUUCUGCUGUUCGCAAACUUAUUGCUAAACUUCUCAAGUCUAUCAAUGAGGAAUUCGAUAUUGAUCCAGAAGCUGACGGUGAACAGGUGGAUGAACUCUUGGCAGCAUGUGUGAAACAGGCUGUGCAAUCACAGCCCUGAGAUUUUGGAAUCUGGAUCUGGAUCACACAGAGGCUUUGGACAUCAAACUCCAAGUCUCUCAGAUGUUUUAAAGUUUAAAAUUCCAGAUUUAGUUUAAUUGACAAUAUUUUCCUGGAUUGGGAAUUAGACCAUUGAUCUGAUAUGAUCUUGGGAAAAAAAUAUAAGCCAAUAAAUGGAGCUUAUGGACUGAAGAGGGGAUCUAGAUUCUGUACCUGAAGACUUUGAUUUUCAAGACAAUAUAUGAAUAAAAGUGAUGGUACAUAGGGUUUAGAAUUGAUUGUAAAGAUCUGUACAAAGCAGAAGUUUGCGUAAUAGAAUUAACCUGUUCUCCCAAACUUUCUGUAUUGAACUCCACUUGACUUGGAUUCUUCCAUUUUGUAUUGAAAGUGAAACAGGUGUUGUGAGCUGUAAAGAUAUUUCAAAUGCAAUUGGACCGAAAACUACAGCAGUAACAUUAGUUUCAACUUGAGCUGUGUUGAUAUGAUAACUGGCCAGGAGUAUUGUGAUGGUGUAAUUAUAAUUUUCAGCAUCAUAUGAACAUGUAUAUUUUAAACAUUUUCUUCAAAGCAACAUCUUCACGUGACCCAUGUGAAGUUGAACUACAAGUUUAACUGUUGGUUAUUUGCCAUAAUUUAUUACUUUGAUCAUUAAGUAAUUGCGAAUCAUUCAUGCUCUCACUAUUUCAUGCUUUCUAAACUUCUGUACAGAAAAUGACAGUAUCGAAGCAUAAAACUAAGAACGUAAUUAUAUAAGCUGUCACAUACCUGCAAAAUAUUGUUGAUGAGACAUGAUUUGUUGUUGUCAUCUUGUGAUUGUCCUGAAUGAGGAAUCCCUUAGUCUCAACCAUACCUUUAUAACUCAACCAUAACUUUAUAAGGGAAUUCCAACAGUGUGGAUACAAUGGUCCAGGGUAAGAGAAAGAAAUGUCCCACCACAUAGUUUGUCUAUGUAAACAGAUUUAGAAUGGUUAUGUACAGGUGGAUAGCAGUGGAUACUUAUUAUUAGCACUACCAACCUAUACUUCUCUGUACAUAUUGUCGCUAAUAGGGACUUUAAACCCUUCUUUAACUGUUACCUUAAGGAAUAUACUGUUCUAAAAAACAUUUUGUCCUCAACUUCCAACAUAAUUAACAUUUAGUUUAUUUAAAAUCAUAGAGCACUUGUGUAAAUAUGACAGAAAUGUGUUUGCUAUGGAGAAGUCAUAUAUGUAAGAAAGCGGACACAACCAACACUUCCAGGUGACAAAACCUCUGAUGUCAUAUAGCCUCAUCAUAUCAUUAGAUCACCUGACCAAGAGAUUGUACAUAUGUAAAUAUUGCGUGUACAUACUUAGGCUGUUGUAUAUACUACAUAAACCAUAUAUAUCAUUAUUAUAUAUCAAACAUACAAUCAUUUUAACUGUUUUCUCAAACUUACAGCGCUUCUCUUUAGCUCCUUAAAGUAAAGUACAUAUGUUUACCGUCAGUAAAACCUAAAUUGUGGUUGUAUGUUUUUUUAAUUCUGAUGAAUGCUAUCUUGUUUUACACUGGUUUGUUAAACAUGUAAAAGCUUGGAAAGCAGAUAUUUGCAGAAAUAUAUAUAUGAACAUUUGUCACUUACUUUGACAAGGAAAAUUGUUAUGUGCAUAAUAAUAAGAGACUUCCUGUGGAAUAUUUACACUUGUUGGUGCAUUGCUGGUAUCUAUAAAACACAUAUAUCGGAUUGUGAAAGGUCGAAACUUUUACCCAAUUAAAAAAAUCACUACCACCACAGGAAACUUGUAUAUGAUGAUAAUGGGGGGAAACUGACAUUUCUUCAACAGUAGACGAAACUUUUAGAACAGAACAAUACACCAGAAUUAUUGUGCAAGUAGAAUAAAAAGAAUUUUAUAUCGAGAGUAAUCAAACCCUAAAAGAUACACCUUUCUUUCUUUCUUUCUCAGAACUGUUAAAUUGUUGAAUAAAAUUUUAAAAAUGUGUUCAUUUUGCUUUUAUAUAAAACAUGACGAAAGUAUUAUUUGAAUUUCCAUGUCUUAUCAGCAAAAUAGGUCUGGUGAGAAAUUGUAAAAGGCAUAUUUGAUGCCUUACCCAUCUCAUUAGUAAUCAAGUCAAAGACCAAAACCAUAUACAUGUAUACAACAUAAAUAAUGUUGUUUGACAUUACUUAGUUCAUGAUAAUGUCAUUCUAAAUAGGUUGAAUGCUAAUACGACUGUGUAUACAUGAGUGAACAUUUUUAUUUUUUAUUUUCUCUCUAUAUUUGAUGUGUUGUAAGUGGGAGAGGACAUCUUUAUUAUUUCUCUCCUCAUAUUGAGUGUAUUAGGCAGCAUAGCGUGCUGUGUUGUUGUUCAUCAGCAUUUCACCAUGUAGAGAUAUUCUUGUGUUGUAUUAGUGAUUAGUGUGUUCUCAUAUCCUUUAAUGCUUUGUUAAUACAAGUUAAAUGUCACAUUUCCACUUCAAAUGUAUUUUAAAAACUUUUCAUUUCGUGAGUUUGAUACAGAAUGAUGUGAACAAGUACAUUACUGUGGUCAAAUUAUUUGAUAUCAAAGACUUCAGUUGAAUAUAUUUUGUAUUUAAAUUUGUAGAUCAUUUAUGUCUCGCAGUUUCCUAAAAAUAUUUUGUUGUCACAAAUGCAGGUUUUUAACAAAUCCAUUUAAAAAGAAAGAAGUUUAUUCACAGGUUAGGAGACAUUUACAACAAGAUCUGUAUCAGAAGUAUAGUGUACAGUAAUUAAACCACACAUCGACAUGUACCAAAGUAUCGUGUGAAGAGUCAUGUUGCAGGGAGUUCCUAACAUUUCACUGUAAAUAGCACAGGACAGCUGUUUAUCUACAUAACAAUAAUAAUAAUAAUCUAGCCUGUUUAGAGUUUUAAUAUGACUAUCUCUCUAUGUCCACUUGUGUCAAGCUUUUGGUUUUAAUACAUUUUAAAGAUGAGAGUUAUUUAUAAGCCAAAAAUAUGUCGCAUCAUGUAACGCUGUUAGAAUUCUAAAAUGUUUAUGAUUUGUUAUUCAGAUUUGAUAAUAAAAUUUUAGGUCAUCAGCUGAGACAAAGUCUCAAGUGACCUAUUCUAAU